GGAAUAAGCCUUGCCUGGUCCCCCAGCCAAGAAGAGAAGCAGAAGCCUGGCCCCGGCCACGGAGGAAACUGAGGCAGGGGCGAGCCGCCGCCGACGAAUCCAUCUCCUUCCCUCGUCGGGUCUCGCUCAGGGAAUCCAAUCGAUCCAUCUCCCUCCUCCAGGUUCACUUCGCCCUCGUCCCUCCCCUCCCCCUCUCCUGCUACUGUGCCCCCCUCCCGUCCAGGUGCCCUGCCGCCGGAGCCAGAUGAAGACCAAGGCCUCCGCCAGCAAGAACGCCGCCGGCAAGGAUGAGGCCAAGCCCAAGAAGAUCCGGUCCUCGCGCAAUCACCGCCACCGCCGCAACCACUCCUCCUCCUCCGGUUCUGAAUCCCCACCGCGCAAGCGCUCCAAGAAGCACAGUAAGAGGGUCGCCGAUAAGAAGAGCAGAAGGAGCAAGGUUAGCAGCAGCAGCCGCAGACGUCGGCGGCGUAGCCUUAGCCCAAGCCACAGCCUCAGUAGCAGCAGCAGCCCUUCCUCGAUAGCUCGGCACCAUUCCACAUGCAGUGGCAGCGCUUCUGAGAGCUUGGAGAGCCCACCACCCAGGAGCCAGUCCAGAGAUGUUCACAAGAAAAAAGGGAGGGGGAGGGACAGAGAGAGGGAUCGCAAGAGGAGGAAGGCACGGAGAUCGGCAAGUUCCUCGAGCACUUCAGCAAGUAGUGGCAGUAGCCGUAGCAGGAGCAAGAGUAAGCACAGGAAGAGGAGGACUGAUGCUGGCACCACACGGGAUAAGAUUGAAAUAGACUAUGACAAUCGCCAUGCCUCCCGGUCUGAGAAGAACAUGGCUGAGGAUGAUGAUAGGGAUGAAGAAGCACUCACUGUUAUUGCCAAGAAGAGGGAUGGUGAUAUCGACAGCUACAAGAAGAAUUUGGAAUUGGAGAGCCAACAUUCCAAGAAGGCCAAUCAAACACAAGACAUGGAACCUGCUGGUGGUGGAAAUUCAGAUGCUGAGGAUCUGGAGCUGAUUCUCAGGCAGAAAGCUCUCGAGAACUUCAGAAAGUUCAGGGCAGCAGCGGCAGGUAAAACAGAUACCAACGGAGCUACAGGGAAGGAAGCAUUGAUAGAUGGCUCACAGAAUACAGGUACAGAAAUUGCUGAAGCAAGGUCUUCUGCUGUUAACCAUUUUCAGUGGCAGGGAAGCAGCCUUGUAAUGAAAAAUUCUGCUGGAUCACCUAGAUCAGAGGAUUGUGGGAAUGCUACAAGUCAUUCUUGGAAGCAGGAAGGCAGUGCUGGCAUGAGUCAUGGGGCUGCAUCACCUGGAAUACUUGAGGCUGGCGAGAUUGGUGGUGCAACUCAACAGAAAGGAAGAACAGUGGAGGCAACUCAUUCAAAUUGUCAGUUUAGGUCACCACAGGAUGGUAGGAACAGUCUUAGUGUAAUGCAAAGGUUGGAGAGCAUGCCAGGGAGUUGUGCAGGGGUGUUAGGAAGCAGUGCAGGGGUGAGUCAUGUGAAUGGAGCUCCAAGGGUCAGAUCAGUUGUGAGCAUACCGGCCAGGGAAGGUCUUGAUGGUAGCACAUAUACCACGCCCCCUAGGCCCAGUGAAAAUUCUGCUCCUGUUGAAAGCAGUAGCGAUAUUGGGCGCCCUCUGAUUGACAUUAACAAAGCUGAAAGAACUAAUGGAGAUGGCAGAAAGACAAGUGAAGCUUCAGCCUCUAAUGGUUCUAUUUUGUCACCUGCUGAGGGCAAGAGCCAGAUUAGGACCGAGGAUAAAGAUGGUGCUCAGUUUCAGAAGAAGACCUUCUCUAGAAUGCAUGAUGGAGAGACGGUGGAGGUCAGCUACAAAGUGUACAUACCAAAGAAAACCCCGGCCCUUGCAAGGAGGAAACUGCAGCGCUGAAAACUUCAAGAAAAUUUUGAUGGGAAAACGUCAAGAAAAUCAUCUAUAGUUGUCCUUAGUUCACUGUCUCCAACGUAGCUCUUAGUUGGAUAUAACUAUUUUCUUCUAGCACAAGUCUACCAUACAUACACUACGUCUUUUGGAUAUAUUUCCGCACACUGAGAUGACCCCAAAUUGCAGUUUUGCUGCUUGACAGGAGCUGAUAAACUCGGUUGUGUUAUGCCAAAUCAACAUGGCUGCCCAAGAAACGGCCAGCAUGGCUGCUCAAAUCCUAAGGUCACGGCCAAAGUUUUUUUGCAUGCCAAACUUUGUCACUGAACCAAGCAUUGGCCAAAAUAGCUGGGCACGGCCAAUAUUUGGUCUGGCAUGCUGGGGCAUGUAUCCAAAGACGCUCAUACUGCCAAUGUGCCUUUUGUACUUGAAGUGAUGGCUAAUCUUGGUUCUUGGAUUGAUGUACUUUGGGAUGGUGAUGUUGAUUGUUGGCAUGGAAUGUGAUUGUUUUUGUUUCGUA